CUCCUUCCGGACCCGGGAACGCCAGUGCGUCGGGGAAUUUCCCUGGCCCUGGGCUGCCAGCCCCUGUCCGAUCGGCAUAAAAGGGCUUCGCCCGGCUCGGGGAGCCACAGAAUCCGCUCCGCCAGCCCUCCAGCCCGCCUUCCCGCCGCAAGCAGCGACACUCCGAGCUGAACCCCAUGGCCCGCGCCGCGACCCCCGCCGCCGCCCGGCUCCUCCGCGCCGCGCUACUGCUCCUGGUCCUGGUGGCCGCCGGCCGGCGCGCAGCAGGGGCGCCUGUGGUCACCGAACUGCGCUGCCGGUGCCUGCAGACCGUGCAGGGGAUUCACUUCAAGAACAUCCAGAGCGUGAAGGUGACGCCCCCGGGACCCCACUGCGGCCAAACGGAAGUCGUAGCCACUCUCAAGGCUGGUCAGGAAGUUUGUCUCAACCCUGAAGCUCCCAUGGUUAAAAAAAUCAUCAACAAGAUGCUAAACAAGGACAGUGCCAACUGAUCUAGAGAGCUGGAGAGAGCUUACUGGCUACUACUGCAGCCUUAGUGGAAUCAAAGUGAAAGAGAAACAAAUAGCUCCUGGGGCCACCUGGACUGCGUCUAAUGUUUUUGCCUGUUUCUUAUGAGAGUUCUUCUAUUUAUUUACAUAUGUAUUUAUUUAUUUAUCUAUUUUUCAAAGCCUGUAUAUUACUGUUCUAUCUAAAAGGUAUGAAUGUGUUUGGCAAUUCUCUGUACUGUUAUUUUAAAAGGUCAUUUUUACAUUAAAUCAAAGUUAAUUCA